UGCAAUUCGCAUUACGUAUCGCAUUUCGCUGCGUUCUUCAUCGUUGUGGGAGCCAAGACAUCCGCCGGUAAGAAGUACACCGAAGUCAGAGGUACUAAUAAGAGUAAUGAUCCCUCCGCAGGUUCACCUACGGAGACCUUGUUACGACUUCACCUUCCUCUAAAUAGUGAGCUUGCGAACCCCAGUCCGGAGGUUUCACCGAACCAUUCAAUCGGUAGGUGCGACGGGCGGUGUGUACAAAGGGCAGGGACGUAA